CCCGGUGUUUGCGAUUGUAUCCCCGAAGAAGUAAUAAUAUUGCAGAACGAAAACAAAGAUUUGAAAGAAAAGGUUCAAAGGAUCAGAAAAACAUCUCCAGAAACGUUUUGCCUGCUUGGGAUGAAAGAUGGGAGCAUACCUGACAGUUCAAUUACGGUCUCUUCAAACUCUGGCUCAAAAAGGUACAGCAGACUAGAUCACGGAUCGCAUGGAUGGUAUCCAAACUCGAACAACCCCGGACACGAAUGGAUAAUGACAGACCUUGGUAAAGUUCGACCAGUUACCGGUGUCGUAACUAAGGAUGCCAAUUGUGUAAAGGGACGGAAGGCUAUGGCCUGGGCGUAUAUUCAUUUGGCUAACACCGACAGUCCCCGAACUCGUAUUAGAACCGUAAAUAUAUACCACUACAUAGAACUGAAAUGGGGAAAAUCGGAACAAAAUUAUGGCCUAACCCUAACCUGGUACACACACUGCAGGGGUACCGUUUAUUUGAUAUCUGAUUGGGGUAAAGUAAGGGCACUCCAUGAUCAUUUCAUGUCAAUGCUUAUUCACACGUAUUAUUUUCUAUUUAAGGUAUUCCAGGCCAACUCAGAUCGAAGCACCAAAGUUGUCAACAGAUUUCCGAAGCCCGUUAAGACAAGAUUUGUUCGAAUCUAUCCCAUGGCCUACCAUAACGGAAUGUAUAUUCGUUUCGAUGUAAUCGAUUGCUGAA